UGCAUGAGCAGUUAGUUGGUCUUUCCUAAUAUGUACACACAGGAUGAUGAAAAGGAAGUUUGAACAUGCUUUCACUUUCUAAGCGCAAGAACGAGAGAGGAAAGCCAUGGCUGACAUGGUCCUGAAGUCAAAAAGGAAGGUGUUUAUCCAAUCAGUGAGCAUCGGCACAAUAAACAGCUUGUUGGAUGAACUAUUAGACAAAAAUGUGCUGAACCAGGAGGAGAUGGAGACAAUAAAAUAUGAAAAUUACACAGCUAUGGAUAAGGCCCGAGAUUUGAUUGACUCUGUCAUUCGGAAAGGACACCAUGCAAGCCAAAUAUUUAUCAUUCAAAUUAGUGCAUGUGACCCCCACCUUGAAAAGAAGCUGGGGCUCUCCUCAGACAUGGCUGGACCAGCUGAGCCAGCAGAAGAAUCUACAGAUACCCUCAAGCUUUGUCCUCGUGAAGAAUUCCUGAAACUAUGUAAAGAAAGGGCUGGAGAGAUCUAUUCAAUAAAGGAGAGAAAGGACCGCACUCGUCUGGCUCUCAUCAUAUGCAACAGAGAGUUUCAUCAUCUUCCUCGGAGGGGAGGGGCUGAGCUUGACAUCACAGGGAUGAAGAGGCUGCUUGAGGGCCUUGGCUACAGUGUGGAAGUGCAAGAGAACCUCAUAGCCAAGGAGAUGGAGUCAGUGCUGGAGGCAUUUGCUGCCCGCCCAGAGCACAAGUCCUCAGACAGCACAUUCUUGGUGUUUAUGUCUCAUGGCAUCCUGGCAGGAAUUUGUGGGACUCUGCACAGAGAUGAAGAACCAGAUGUGCUGCCUUAUGACACCAUCUUUCGGAUGUUCAACAACUGCCACUGCCUCAGCCUAAAGGACAAACCAAAGGUCAUCAUUGUCCAGGCCUGCAGAGGUGCAAAUCGUGGGGUAUUGUGGGUCAGUGACUCUCCAGCAGCCUUGGCAGACAGCUCUUCACAGCCACAUGAGGACCUGGAGGAGGAUGCUGUUCACAGAGCACAUGUGGAGAAGGACUUCAUUGCUUUCUGCUCCUCAACCCCACAUAAUGUAUCCUGGAGAGACAUCAAAAAGGGUUCAUUCUUCAUUUCACAACUAAUCACAUGCUUUCAGAAAUAUUCUUGGCACUGUCACCUUGAGGAAGUGUUUCGGAAGGUACAACGGUCAUUUGAACAACCAGAUGUUAAAGCCCAGAUGCCCACCAUUGAACGCUUAUCCAUGACAAGAUAUUUCUACCUGUUUCCUGGCAAUUGAAAAUAAAACCAUUUUAACCAGAGAAAUAAGAUCAUCUAAUUAGAUUUUCCAAAACCCAGCCUGAGUACUUUCUAUGAAUACACAAUUGUCACCUUUUGAAGCCAAGGGAAAUGGGGAAAGCACAUGGAAGAGGAUGAAAAAAGAAAAAGAAUCAUAAGGGAUGGAUUGAGGCUCCUUGUAAUUACUGUUCUGAUCUUCUGUUCUUUUUUUCUUCUUCAGGAAAUUAGUCACCCAGCCCUUCUUUAUCAAUUUCCAGAAGCACCUUUACCAAUACCGCACACAUAUUUAACCUUUAUAUUUAAAUAAAAAUGAAAA